AUGUCUGCUGCUGUGCGCCCGGAGGACGUCGCCUUCAAUUGCGUCAGCGUCGCCCUCGCACGCAGCCAGAGCCUGGUCGCAUCAUGGCUGCCCCCGCGCCCAGCUGCCGACGCCGCCGCCCACAAGACGUCCGAGCAGCUUGCCGACGAAGAAUCCGCACUUUUUGCUCCCGGCUCCGACAUUCUAGGCGUCGGCGCUGAGCCUCCGAAAGACAUCGCGGACGGCAGCUUCAAGCGCAGCCAGCUCUCAUCCAACGAGCGCCUCCGCCAGCAGAUCCUCGGCAAGAACGCCACCAAGGGCCGUGGUGCCCAGCCCGUAGCCCAGAGCUCCGCCGCCGCCGCCGCCGCCGCCGCCCACUUGCCGAGCAAGAAACCGGCAAGACCAACCAAGUCCGCGAGGGCCCAGGAUGACAGCGAUGACGACGAGGAUGGGCGCGCCGCCAUGUUCAGGUCGAAGAAGAGGGCUGUUCCAACAACCGUGGAGAACGAGACAUCAAGGGGAGAAGAUGAUGGAUCAGCGGAUGAGGUGAAAGGCAGGGCAACGUCUCAGAAGGCAAACGCGGCGGCAACGCGAACGCAGGAAAAGCCGAGGAAGCGGCCUGCUAGUUACCUGGAUGAGUUGUUGGAGGAGCGCUCAAAGAAGAAGAAUAAGAAACAAAAGGCGCAGGCAGAGGUCCCGGUGAAGGCGGCGGCAGAGAAGUCGAAGGCUGAUACCCGAGAGGAAAAGCCUACGGCCAAAGAGAAAUCACCGAAUGCGGACGAUGGCUUUGACGAGGAGAGCGACAAGGCAACUGCGAAGUCAGCUUCAGCGAAAGUCUCCAUCCAACAUGGAGAAUCAGGCGAUCCCACCACCACUGCCGAGAAUGCACUGUUGGACCGUUCUGACAAGAAAAAGAAAAAGAAGAAAAAGAAGAAGAACAAGGGAGAGGCAACAGAACAGUCAUAA